AUGGAAACCAGUCGCGCAAUACGGCGGAAGGACACCACGAGGGGUCCUCCCCUUCGCAUUCUAUCUCUAGAUGGAGGUGGCGUGCGGGGUUACUCGAUGCUCAUUAUCAUUCAAGAGCUCAUGCACCGAACAUAUGUUGAGAUGGAAGGGAAGGCCCCACGGCGAGAUCAGAUUCCAAAACCGGCAGACCAUUUUGACCUCAUCAUUGGCACGGGAACUGGAGGUUUGAUCGCGAUUAUGUUGGGAAGGCUGCGGCUGGAUUUGGAGACUUGCAAAGAAGUUUAUGUGCAGAUGACGAGAAAGGUUUUCGAGACAGAUAAAACGAUCGCUGGAAUACCUUAUCGCUCAACACUAUUCAAAGCUUCAAAGCUGGAGGAGGCUAUCCGGGAGUGCGUAAGGGAACAUACCAUACUCCAGCGUGAAGGAAAUGAUGGGGAGGAGCCUGAAGGACUAAGCAACCUUAACAGCCCGAUCAGUCCCCUCAACAGGAGUGGUGGUCCUCGACGUCAUGCAAGCAAUGCCAGUGUAGCAAGCUUUAGUGCUAGGAGUCCUGCAAGCUAUACGAGCAGACCGUUGAUGGGAUUAAGAUACGGCAAUGCAAAUGCACUUCUGUAUGAUACUCGAGAGAACAGAACCAAGACUGCGGUUACCGCAAUCUACCAAGGUACUCCAAAAGGUGGUCUCCCAGCAAUCUUACGAUCCUACGAUUCGCGGAAAGAGCCUUCUCCAGAAUUUGACUGUACGAUCUGGCAGGCAGGAAGAGCAACAAGUGCGACUGGUCUAGCAUUCAAGCCCAUCCAAGUUGGUCAAUCUGUGUUCAUCGAUGAGGGUGCCGGGCAAUACAACCCUGCUCCAUUCGCACUUGAUGAGGCUUGCGUAAACGAAUGGCCAGGCAGAGAUAUCGGUGUAUUUGUGAGCAUCGGAACUGGAAAGCGACCUUCUGGAAGUGAUAACAACUCUCAUCUCUGGUAUGAAGGAUUUAUGGGCGAGUUUGCAGAAGCCAGAAGACGGCUCAUUUCGAAGAUUGAGGGCUGUGAGGAGACACAUCAGUAUAUGGUACGGGAAGGUCUCGCUAAACGCCAAGUCAACAUUGACAAUUAUUAUCGACUCAAUGUCGAGAUAGGUGUUGGAGAAUUCGGUAUGAAUGAAUGGAAUCGCCUGGCAGAUAUCAGUACCGGAACGAGACGAUACCUGGGCAAGAGCGAGGUCCAAAGAAUGAACAUCGAAGCUGCAGCGAAGCUUGCCAAGAUCCUUCGUGCAAAGGCUCGAUUCGAGAGUGAGAAGAUGGGCGGAGGCAUGGGAAGCUACCAGGAUAUGUCUCUCCCAGACGUCCCAGAAGCUUAUCCCAAUGCUGUGGAACUACCGGCCGAAAUUCCUUUUCAACCCGCACGUAGUCCGCCUCCCCGUCCAUCCUACGAGUCCGGUAACCACGAUACUCUCGAAGUACCCGGCUACAAGCAAACCCCCUCACCGCGGUCAUCAGCAGAAAAUCAUUCUCGCCACUCUCCUCACAACUCCAAACCUGAUGUCCAAGACGCCAAUGUAGACCGUCUGGUCUUCCACGCCCCAACACCAAGCGAAUAUCGCACCGCAGGCGGAGCGGAUAAAAUCGCCAUCACAAGCAUAGACGAACAUCCUCAACCUCUCUCGCCAAAGCAACCAAUUCGUGUAGAGCCACCUCCUCUCCCACCCAAGACACCUAUCCAGGACCCAAAUGGCAAUGGGAUGCCCUUUGGCGGCAGACCAAGACCGCCGCUUCCAUACCCGGCGGAUGACAGACCGCCGCCUGUGGCGAAUAUGGCAAGAAAACCAGAAUACAAGGGCAGAUAA